AUGUUCAAGAGCGGCCUUUCCUCCUUUGCCCGCGCAGCUCGGCCUGCCCUCACUCCUCGCAGCGCCCUCAGGCCAUCACAUCUUCGAUAUCCUGUUACCAACAGGUGGGCCAGCACUGCCAGCGUUGGCAAUGGCAAGAUUCACCAGGUCAUCGGUGCCGUCGUCGAUGUCAAGUUCGACACUGCCAAGCUCCCCCCCAUUCUUAAUGCCCUCGAGACCGACAACAAUGGCCAGAAGCUAGUUCUUGAGGUGUCGCAACAUCUUGGCGAGAAUGUUGUCCGCUGCAUUGCCAUGGACGGUACCGAGGGUCUUGUCCGAGGCGCCAGCGCUCUCGACACUGGUGCUCCCAUCACCAUUCCCGUCGGCCCUGCCACUCUUGGCCGUAUCAUGAACGUCACCGGUGACCCGAUUGACGAGCGUGGCCCCAUCAAGUCUGAGAAGAGGCGUCCCAUUCACGCCGAGGCUCCCGAGUUCACCGACCAGUCCACCACCGCCGAGAUUCUCGUCACUGGUAUCAAGGUCGUCGAUCUCCUCGCCCCCUACGCUCGUGGUGGAAAGAUUGGUCUCUUCGGUGGUGCUGGUGUCGGUAAGACUGUGUUCAUUCAGGAGCUUAUCAACAACAUUGCCAAGGCCCACGGUGGUUACUCUGUCUUCACUGGUGUCGGUGAGCGUACCCGUGAGGGUAACGAUCUGUACCACGAAAUGCAGGAAACCUCCGUCAUUCAGCUUGAUGGCGAGUCCAAGGUCGCGCUUGUCUUCGGUCAGAUGAACGAGCCCCCUGGUGCCCGUGCCCGUGUCGCUCUUACUGGUCUUACCGUUGCCGAGUACUUCCGUGAUGAGGAGGGUCAGGAUGUGCUUCUCUUCAUUGACAACAUUUUCCGAUUCACUCAGGCCGGUUCCGAGGUGUCUGCCCUUCUCGGUCGUAUUCCCUCUGCCGUCGGUUACCAGCCCACUCUCGCCGUAGACAUGGGUGCCAUGCAGGAACGUAUUACCACCACCAAGAAGGGUUCGAUUACCUCCGUCCAGGCCGUGUACGUGCCCGCUGACGACUUGACUGAUCCCGCCCCCGCCACUACCUUCGCUCACUUGGACGCCACCACUGUGUUGUCUCGUGGUAUCUCCGAGUUGGGUAUCUACCCCGCCGUCGACCCUCUUGAUUCCAAGUCCCGUAUGCUCGACCCCCGUAUCGUCGGUGACGAGCACUACGAGAUUGCCACCCGUGUCCAGCAGAUUCUCCAGGAGUACAAGUCUCUCCAGGAUAUCAUUGCCAUUCUUGGUAUGGACGAACUUUCCGAAGCCGACAAGCUCACCGUCGAGCGUGCCCGUAAGAUCCAGCGUUUCCUUAGCCAGCCCUUCACUGUCGCCGAGGUCUUCACUGGUAUCGAGGGUAAGCUCGUCGACCUUAAGGACACCAUCGCGUCCUUCAAAGCCAUCCUUAACGGUGAGGGUGACGCCCUUCCCGAGAACGCCUUCUACAUGGUUGGCGACUUCGCGUCCGUCAAGGAGAAGGCCGCGAAGAUUCUUGCGGAGCUGGAGAAGAACUAA